UUAGCGGCAGCAGCCAGCCAGCCUGCCGAGGAGUGCGGAGACCAGCGCGCGACACGCCGACCGGCACGAUGGCCUCGUCUCAGGGGAAGAACGAGCUGAAAUUCGCCGACUGGAUGGCAACUCUGCCAGAGAGCAUCCACAGCAUCCCCCUCACCAAUUUAGCCAUCCCAGGAUCUCAUGAUUCCUUCAGCUUCUACAUUGAUGAAGCCUCACCAGUAGGGCCUGAACAGCCAGAAACCGUCCAGAAUUUUGUCUCUGUGUUUGGAACUGUAGCCAAAAAGCUGAUGCGGAAAUGGUUAGCCACUCAAACAAUGAACUUUACUGGUCAGCUAGGAGCUGGGAUCCGUUAUUUUGAUCUUCGAAUUUCCACCAAGCCCAGAGACCCCGACAAUGAACUUUACUUUGCUCAUGGUUUGUUCAGUGCCAAAGUCAAUGAAGGCCUUGAAGAGAUUAAUGCAUUCCUCACAGAUCACCAUAAGGAGGUUGUAUUCUUGGACUUCAACCAUUUUUAUGGGAUGCAGAAAUAUCACCAUGAAAAACUGGUCCAAAUGCUGAAAGACAUCUAUGGAAACAAGAUGUGCCCAGCGAUUUUUGCCCAGGAAGUUAGUCUAAAGUACCUGUGGGAGAAAGACUAUCAAGUGCUGGUCUUCUACCACAGUCCAGUGGCUCUGGAAGUGCCCUUUCUCUGGCCUGGGCAGAUGAUGCCAGCACCCUGGGCCAACACCACAGACCCGGAAAAACUGAUCCAGUUUCUUCAGGCGUCCAUCACUGAGAGAAGAAAGAAGGGCUCGUUUUUUAUAUCUCAGGUGGUGCUGACCCCCAAAGCUAGCACUGUGGUCAAAGGAGUGGCCAGUGGCCUCAGAGAAACUAUCACAGAAAGAGCUCUUCCUGCCAUGAUGCAGUGGGUCCGCACUCAGAAGCCGGGAGAGAGUGGUAUCAAUAUUGUCACUGCUGAUUUUGUGGAACUUGGUGAUUUCAUCAGCACUGUCAUAAAGCUCAACUAUGUCUUUGAUGAGGGAGAAGCCAACACUUGAUAGUACCAUUUGGAACAUCCACGAGUAAGACAGAGAAGACUCAUUGUAUUAGGCAUACUAUCUAUAAACACUCUGAUCUUCCUAUUCCACUGGGUGUGAGGGGAUUAGACUGGUAGUGGGUGGGAAAAGGGGGAAACCAUUUCUUCAGUGAUUGUUAUCAUACUGCAUUACUAUAAAUAUUUCAUUUCCCAUUUGAUGAGCAAAAUCUGCUUCUAGUGUUAGGGAUAAAAAAAGACCGUGAAUUUUGUUUUUCAGAAUUAGUCUUUGCAAUGUAUAUCUGAUGAAUGUUUACGUGAUUGCAUUUCUGAUUUCAGCCUAGGGCUCCUACACUGAUUCCUCUAACUGAACCUUUCCACUCGCUCUCUCGCUCGCUCUUUUUAAUCAGAUGCUGUAUGGGACUCAAAACAAUUGAAUGCCCAACGUAAUGUGUAUUACAUUGAUGUACUGAAAUUUUUUUUGUGAGACUUGGUAUAAUAUAAUAUCCUCUAGUCAUCUGCAAUUGGUCGAUCAUUGCUAACCUUUGGUCAUAGAAAAUAUGCAUCAAGUCAGUUUCCCUGCAUCAGUAACAUUGGAGGACAUAAUCAGUAAUUUUUGUGUUAUAUGAAAAUAACAGUGUUUCAUAGUAUUUCUAUUUAAGGCAGCUAUAAAUAUAGUGUAAAAACUUUUUUGGAAGAACAAUUAGUGCCAACUCUGUAGUGAAAGAUGGGGGAGGGGGAAGAGAUGGAUGCCAUUUUAAUUCAGGAAUCUCUUAAAUAAUAUUGCCCUGCAAAUGCUCAGUAAAUGAAAAAUUAUGACAAAUGUGUUUAAAUCAGGAAACUCUGAAAAGAACUCUUACAAAAAUCUCCCCUAACAAUUCUCUUGAUUUAAAAAAAAAAAAAGGUAGAAA